AUGAAAGCCUACUUCGGAGCUGGCGGCGGGUUGGGCCAGACACCAAUGAAUUACACCGACCUGCGACCGGGAGUAAAGUCUGGCAAAAAAAAAAAAUCUCAGCUCUGUCGAUCAAGAAACGUAAAGUAGUUUAGUCUUUGACAAAAAAUAUUUGUAAAAAAAAACACGUAGUUUUUGUUUGAUCGGAGAAGGUUUAAUCUCUUCGCGCGGACAGGCUAUUUAGAAACGAUGAGUCUUGGAUACUGAUUGGAGUUGACAAGCCCGCUCCUACUGUAUCCACUCUUUCACCCCCACCCCCCCUCUUCAAAACCAGGAAAUCGUCGAGGUGCUUGUCUUUAUCCUGCUUGUGGCACUCACCUUUUUGCUUGUAGAUGUGAAUCUCGUCAAAAACUGUCGAUUUGUAUUUCUUUUUUUGCUUUUUAACCCCGGGCCGUAGAUCUGAAGUCAACGAAACUGCAUCGGAGAGGAUCUCCGCUCUCGCCUAACAAUGAGUGAGUCGAGUAUCUGCCAGGCUCGGGCCACGGUGAUGAUCUACGACGAUGGCAACAAGAAGUGGCUCCCGGCGGGCGCGGGGCCCCAGGCCUUCAGCAGGGUCCAGAUCUACCACAACCCCGUCAACAACGCCUUCAGAGUGGUGGGACGCAAAAUGCAGACAGACCAGCAGGUGGUGAUCAACUGUCCAAUCGUCAAGGGGCUGAAGUACAACCAGGCCACGCCCAACUUCCACCAGUGGCGGGACGCGCGGCAGGUGUGGGGCCUCAACUUCGGCAGCAAGGAGGACGCCACCCUGUUCGCCAACGGCAUGCUGCAUGCGCUGGAGGUCCUCAACUCCUUGGCAGAUGCAGGUUAUGCUACCCUCCCCCGCCCAGUGUCAAAUGGACCGUCCCCAGAGGAGCUGGAACAGCAGCGGAGGCUGGAACAGCAGAGGCUGGAACAGCAGGAAAGAGAGCGCCUAGAUCGAGAGAGACAGGAGUGGGAGAAACAAGAGCGAGAGAGACAGGAGAGACAAGCAGCCGCAGUCAACAUCGCCCCCGCCCCUCCCAUGGCCCCCAUGGCUCCAGCCGCCCCCCCGGCCCCUCCAGCCCCCCCCGCGCCUCCUGCCCCACCUGCUCCCCCGGCGCCUCCUCCACCACCUUGCCCCCCCGCCAUGGGAAGUGGCCCCCCCCCGGCCCCGGCGCCCCCUCCCUCGGGUGCACCCCCGCCCGCCCCGCCCCUGCCUACCGGGGGGGGCGGAGAGGGCCUAGGGGGGGCCGGGGGCCUGGCAGCCGCCCUGGCAGGAGCAAAGCUCCGCAAAGUGAACAAGCAGGAGGAUGGUGCGCCUGUGGCCGCCCCCAUCGCCAGGGCUGACGCCAGUCGCAACAGCACCUCCUCCAUCGGGGGAGGGGGCGGGGGCGGGGGCGGGGGAGGCUUGAUGGGAGAGAUGAGUGCCAUCCUGGCACGGAGGAGGAAGGCAACCGACCAGGUUGGGAAACCACCUGCCAAGACAGAUCCCAAACCCGAGGAAAACGAUGACUCAGAAUCUCAAGGCCAAAGUGAAACGGUCAGAAGACCUUGGGAAAAGGCGUGCACAAUGCCAAGGAGCAAUUCCAUCAGCAAGAGCAUGGACCCCAGCUCCCCCUUUCCCAUGAGUCCCAGGGUUAAACCUGUGGGUGGUAGUAACGACACAGGAGGCAGCGAGGAGCCCGAUAUGGAGAGAAUUAAGCAGGAAAUUUUGGAGGAGGUUCGAAAAGAGUUGCAAAAAGUCAAGGAGGAGAUCAUCGGAGCUUUUAUUCAGGAGCUGCAGAAGAGGGGAACAUAGUUGUGCUGGACGACCAUCAGGAGGAACGGAGGGUUGGGACGGAGGAGGUUAUGGCCCUGUGUGGACCUCUUUUCCGUCGCUCCUUCAACUUUAGCCCAGGGAUUUCUCUUUCUGUCCUUUACACGCAUUCUCUCCAUCCCUCGCUUGCUGCCCCUUUCUCUGUUUCUGUCGCUCUCUCUCUUACACACACACAUUCACUCAAUAAUAACCCGACCUGUUCAUAUCAAGCCUCAUGACUUUGAAACGUAAAACUCUUGGAUGUCAUUAAACCGCCCCUUCCUCUGUGUCUCACACUCAUCACUCCUAGUCCUUGUGUUUACCAAGAGCCUCUGCAGAGCACAGAAAUAAAAACGGCAAACUUGCAGCUCUCGCUGUCAUCAGAUGUAACCCCUUCGAGUGUAUUGUCCCCAUCUCCAGCCUGAUCCUUCCUCGCCUCCUCAGACAUACCAGUUGUUCAUACUGAGCUCUUCAGUGUUCAGGGAAGAUCAUAUUGUUUGCUCUAGUUACUGUAAUAUCAGAGUGCUGGCAUGUGCGGCUUUCUCCUAAUCGUCUCCUGUCCUGCCCUGCCCGAGACGCACUCAAACUCCAAAACUGCUUUUGCAGACAAACGUUCAGAGAGAGAGAGAGAGAGAGAGAGAGAGAGAGAGAGAGAGAGAGAGAGAGAGAGAGAGAGAAAAGAGAGUUGGCCCUCAAAUGAUGAACGGCUUCUCGGUUCAGAUUGUGAAGAUGUUUGGAGGUAGGAUAUGAUGCAGGGACCCAUGCUGGAGAGCUGCUGGCCGUGGCACACGCCGCCCCCUGCAGUUUAUGGGCUGAAUUGCUAGAAUGAAUGCUGCCCAUCUGUCUCAGUAAGAGGUGGGGGGAGGGUGUGGAUCCUGUUCCCACCAACACACACUUCUCUACCUGUGGCCACAAAAGAUGCACAGCCCAACCUUCCAUGCAGCGGGAGAAGUCCAUGGAGGGGAUUUGCAAAGGGAACAUUGUGAUUGAGCAGAAUGCAGUGAAUGAGAAGUAUUUUCUUGCACUUGGUUCAAAGAUGGUGUGUGUGUCUCUGUGUGCCACUCAGUAUCAGCUCUCACUCUCAGCCUCUAGCUCACUGGGAGUUAAGUCCAAGGCCAGUGCAUUGGUCCUAAACUGUGCUUCUAGUCUUUCCUUUCAUUUUAGGUAUUUUCUAAUUACAUUGACAUAAUGACAAACAUGGCCAUGACAAGGUCAAUAAAUUGGCCAUGACCAACUGCCUUGAGAAUAAAUACAUAGGUAUAUAUAUAUAAGGAAAUUAUAUAUAUAUUUGUUUCGAGGGAAAAUGUUAGUGAAAAUGAAAUGCUGUUUCUAUUUUAAUUGGGAUGACUGGUGAAUGGGGAUUUUUUUGAUGAUUAUUUUCUUUUUAUGAGAUGUUAUUUUGGGUUAACUGUUCUUUUGUUUCUUUUUUUCUAAUAGAGUAUAGGCUUUUUACACUGAAAUAUAAAGAAAACAGCGUAGAGACACUGGAUUAGAUAUGCCUUUAUAGUCAAAUACAGCUGCUUCUUGAAAUGCAAA